CUAAAGUCUUUUCCAGUUUUCCAUUAAUAUACAAAAGAGCAAAACGACAACGAGCAGAAGAGAGAAGCCGGGAGUCGAGUGUUGAAUUGUGUGAUGUUUUCACCGGAUGCCGAAUAUUUACAUGUGACAGAGGUUCCCAGUUUACAGAGUUUGACUUUAUACAGCUUUUCAUGUCUCAACAGUUCAGCAAUAAAGGUUUGGGAAUAUUUACAUCAUUCUCAGGAGAAACUCCAGGUGUAGCAGCUGAAAACUAUGCCAUACUACUAAAGACUUAGUUUAUUUUAAAGACACUGAGGAACAAACAGGUACAAACUCCAGGUGCAGCAGCUGAAAUCUGUCUGACUGUUAAAGAUGGAGUUUAUUAAAGAGGAGAUUGAAGACAUGAGUGAUCCAGAACCAUCCAGAAUAAAACAAGAAGAUACUGAGGAACAAACAGACUGGAUAGAAGUAAAACAGCAAAGCCAUGAGGUGCACGAAGUGAAGAAGGAACACAGUAAAAUUAAAGUGAAACAGCUGCAGACCUGCUCACAGUGUGGAAAGAGUUUCGGACACAAAGGAAACCUUAAUGUGCACAUGAGAGUCCACACUGGAGAGAAACCGUACAGAUGCCUCAGUGUGGAAAGAGUUUUGCUGCAGCAGCAAGACUCAGUUAUCAUCUGCAUGUUCACUCUGGAGAAAAACCAUUUAACUGUGAUCAGUGUGAUAAAAAGUUUAUUUCAUCAUCAAAUCUAAAAGCACACAUGACGGCUCAUUCAGAUGAGAAACCUCAUGUGUGUUCUUUCUGUGGAAAGAGUUUUUCAUGGCUGACCAGUUAUAAACUGCACCAGAAAACACAUCAUGAAGUGAGAGAUCAUGUGUGUUGUGAGUGUGGGAAGAGCUUUACUAGAGCUGACUGUCUGAAACAGCACCAAAGAAUUCAUACCAAGCGCUCAUAUUUCACUCAGUCUGGAAACUUGAAAUCACACAAGCGAGUUCAUACUGGAGAGAAGCCGUAUCACUGUACUCAGUGUGGAAAGAGUUUUGCUGGUUCAUUAGAUCUCAAUUAUCAUCUGCUCAUUCACUCUGGAGAAAAGCUAUUUAACUGUGAUCAGUGUGAUAAAGUGUUUAUUUCGUCAUCAAAUCUAAAUAAACACCUGAAAGUUCAUUCAGGUGAGAAACCUCAUGUGUGUUCUUACUGUGGAAAGAGUUUUUCAAAGCUGACUCACUGUAAACAGCACCAGAAAACACAUAGUGAUGUGAAAGAUCAUGUGUGUUGUGAGUGUGGGAAGAGCUUUACUGCAGCUGGUGAUCUGAAACAGCACCAAAGGAUUCAUACUGGAGAAAAACCUUACAAGUGCUCAUAUUGUGAGAAGAGUUUCACUGAGUCUGGAAACCUGAAAAUGCAUGAGCGAGUUCAUACUGGAGAGAAGCCGUAUCACUGUACUCAGUGUGGAAAGAGUUUCUCUCAGUCAAGAUCUCUAGUGUCUCAUGUUAAAAAGCAUUGUUCUGUGUCAGAGUGAGCAAAUGUUUUCUACAGAUUCAGAUAAAGUAAAUAUGAGAUUAGCUGAAAUUAUUAGUUUUGCUGUGAAAUGUCACAAGAUUUGUGGAGAUGUUUUUUGUUGGAGAACAGCAAAAGUAUUUAGUUACUUUAAUCUUACAUUGAUGUUUUCUAUUCUUUGAUUGAAUGCCUGCUCAUCAAGACAUUGACAAAGAAACACCCAAAUUAAACUGAAAAAUCUGUAACAAAAGAUGCAGUGCAAUAAAUAUUAUAUAUGCAACAUGAAAGUUGCAUAGGCUCUGUAUAAUGAUGCAAAUAAAAGUUCCA